AUUUCAGGUACAGAUUUCAUUUUGAGGGAGAGAUAGAUCUCAGUUUCUCUCCAUUCACCCAACAACAGCUCGGGCUUUCCUUAGGCGUGAAACAUGGGGCUGUCCUUCACAAAACUUUUCAGCCGUCUCUUUGCGAAGAAAGAGAUGCGUAUAUUGAUGGUGGGUCUUGAUGCUGCUGGUAAAACUACAAUUCUGUACAAGCUGAAGCUGGGAGAGAUUGUCACCACUAUUCCCACCAUUGGGUUCAAUGUGGAGACUGUUGAAUACAAGAACAUUAGCUUUACUGUCUGGGAUGUUGGUGGCCAGGACAAGAUCCGACCUUUGUGGAGACACUACUUCCAAAACACACAGGGACUUAUUUUUGUGGUUGAUAGCAAUGAUCGAGACCGUGUGGUUGAAGCUAGGGAUGAGUUGCACAGAAUGUUGAAUGAGGAUGAGUUGCGGGAUGCUGUUCUGCUCGUAUUCGCAAACAAGCAAGAUCUUCCAAAUGCCAUGAAUGCUGCUGAGAUAACUGACAAACUUGGCCUUCAUUCUCUCCGUCAGCGCCACUGGUAUAUCCAGAGCACAUGUGCUACUUCAGGUGAGGGGCUGUAUGAGGGACUUGACUGGCUCUCAAACAACAUUGCAAGCAAGUCAUAGAUGGCGGAUUCAAGUUUCCAGUCUAAAGUAGUUCUAGCCCCUUUUGGAGUUCUGAAUUUCAAACAUUGUUUAAUCUUUUCUUCUGUUUUACUGAAUUUCUUGUUCCUUGCAAACAUUGCUAUUGGUUACUUGUAGCUUUAGAAUAAUUAAAAAUGUUUCAUUUUUCCCUGCUGGGAUGCGAUUCUCCCAUCCAGUGUUUUGAGAUGUUCUUUAUCAGAGUGGAAACUGAUGGUUAUUCGUUUUUAAAAUUUGUAAUGUUGGAUAAGCAAUAUAGAAAUACUUAAGAU